AUGGAGAUCAAGAACAGCUCAGUAGUCACGGAAUUCAUCCUCCUUGGCCUGACCCAGUCUCAAGAGGCUCAACUCCUGGUCUUCACAAUGAUUUCAGUUUUCUACCUAAUAAUUCUUCCUGGAAAUUUUCUUAUCAUUUUCACCAUUAGAUCAGACCCUGGACUCACAGCCCCACUUUACUUCUUUCUGGGAAACUUGGCGUUCCUGGAUGCCUCCUACUCCUUCAUUGUGGCUCCCAGGAUGCUGGUGGAUUUUUUCUGUGAGAAAAAAGUCAUUUCUUACAAAGCCUGCAUCACUCAGUUAUUCUUUCUGCACUUUCUUGGAGCGGGAGAAAUGUUUCUUCUUGUCGUGAUGGCCGUCGAUCGUUAUAUCGCUAUAUGUCGUCCUUUAUACUACUCUACUCUCAUGAACCCUAGAGUCUGUUAUGCAUUGUUGCUGGCUCUGUGGCUUGGGGGCUUUGCUCAUUCCAUUGUACAAGUGGCCCUUAUCCUCAACUUGCCCUUUUGUGGGCCAAACCAGCUGGAUAACUUUUUCUGUGAUGUUCCACAGGUUGUGAAGCUAGCCUGCACGGAUACCUUCGCCGUGGAGCUCCUGAUGGUUUCUAACAGUGGUCUACUUACCCUCUUAUGCUUCUUGGGACUGCUGGCCUCCUAUGCUGUCAUUCUCUACCACGUAAAAGGACAUUCCUCCGAAGGGAAGAGCAAAGCCAUCUCUACGUGCACCACCCACAUUAUAAUCGUGUUUCUCAUGUUUGGGCCUGCCAUUUUUAUCUAUACACGCCCUUUCCAGGCUCUCCAAGCUGACAAAGUUGUUUCUCUCUUCCACACGGUCAUCUUUCCUUUGAUGAAUCCUGUGAUCUAUACACUUCGCAACCAGGAAGUGAAAACUUCUAUGAGGAAAUUGUUAAGUCAGCAUGCGGUUUGCUGA